GCAUCUGGCAGCCACACUUGGCAGAUCUCCGUAUAGUCCGCUAGCCUUCCUGCUCACAUAAUAUUGGAAGAAGAGUACAGAGACGGUACGGAGAGAGCCGGUAAACCGGUAAAAAUGGAGAAAGUAUUAGGACUCGCUGUGGUAUCCAGUAUUUUGUGUGUUGGAUCGGUUGUGGGAAAAUACGUCAGAGGUAUCAUCAAUACAAAAGAGGACUGGGUGUUCCUCACGAGGUUUUGCUUCCUGACUGAUUUUGGCAGAUUGGACUUUAAAUUCCGAUACCCCAGGUCCCGUUGCUGUCAGAACAUAUUGCUCUACUUUGAUGAAAGCUCUCAGUGGCCAGCUGUGUACAAGAGGCCGGAGAAGGAUUGUUACCAGAAAGAGUCAGUACUGAGGCCCGAAAACAACCAGGUCAUCAACCUGACCACCCACUAUACCUGGUCUGGCUGUGUGGUUGAAGGAGAGGGUAAUGAGGAGAUGCUGAGUUGUGUAGGAGGUCGAAGUUUUCGCUCCGUCAGAGAAAGAUGGUGGUACAUCGCUCUCAGCAAGUGUGGGGGAGAUGGGCUGCAGUUGGAAUAUGAAAUGACUUUAACCAAUGGGCAGUCUUUCUGGACCCAGCACUUCUCCGCAGAUGAAUUUGGCAUCCUGGAGACCGACAUCACAUUCUUGGUCAUAUUCGCCACUGUGUUUACUCUGUCUUGUUAUUUUGCUUAUAAUUUAAAGGGAAGACAGCUGCUCCAUACAACCUAUAAGAUGUUUAUGACUGCAGCUGGAGUUGAGGUCUUAAGCCUGCUAUUCUUUUGCAUUUACUGGGGCCUUUAUGCCAGAGAUGGUGUCGGGAAUGGCAGUCUGAAGAUAUUAGGGAAAUUACUCUUUUCUGUGAGCUUCCUGGUUUUCCUGCUUAUGCUGAUUCUCUUGGGGAAAGGAUUCACAGUUACCAGGGCCAGAAUAAGCCACAGUGGCUCUGUCAAACUUUCCAUUUAUAUGACAGUGUACACCAUCACCUACAUCAUCCUCUUCAUAUACGAAGCAGAAUUCUUUGAUCCAGGCGAGGUGCUGUAUGCUUAUGACAGCCCUGCAGGGUAUGGUCUAAUGGGUUUGCAGCUGCUUGCAUACGUAUGGUUCUGCUAUGCUGUGCUGGUGUCGCUCAAACACUACCCUGAAAAACAACCUUUCUACAUUCCCUUCUUCACUGCGUACACUCUGUGGUUUUUUGCUGUGCCAGUCAUGGCCCUAAUUGCCAACUUUGGUAUCUCUCGAUGGGCCAGGGAAAAGAUUGUGAAUGGCAUCCAACUUGGCAUCCAUCUUUAUGCCCAUAUUGUAUUCCUGGCCAUCACACGCCCAUCAGCAGCCAAUAAGAACUUUCCCUACCAUGUGAGGACGUCUCAAAUAGGCAUUCUUCUCUCCAGUCCCAAAGGCAUGGGGGCAGAGAGUUUCCCUCACCAUGCUUAUGGGAACAGCUCCUUCCUGGGAGAUUCGCAGCCAAACUUCACAGAGCUCUUCUCUAUACAUUCUCCAGACCCCGUUAAGACGAUAGAUGAGGUGGUGGCUCAGAAGGGACAGGAAGUGCCAAGAAACAGUGAGCAUAAGAUCAUCACCACAACGGCAGACCUGUCAUCUAACUUUUCUCCUCUUCCUCCUCCAAUACCAUCACGUAUCUCUGCCCACUCCCCCCCUCCUCCCAGAUUAACGUCCCACUUCACAGAGUAUUUUAGUAUGCAAGGGGCCACAGGGAUGGGUUCCAGUGCCUAGAGCAGACUGUAGAGAAACAUGCAUGUGGAGGAGGGACAAAGCAAAAAUAUCUACUUUGGAUAUCUAAGAGGUGGAAUCGAUUUAAAUAUUUCAGUAGAUUAGGUUAAGGCAAGCAUAUAAAGGAAGCCAUUUUUAAAAAAGUUACCAAAACUUCUUAAUCUUGAAUUUGUAAUGAGAAAUGCAAAGUGCAGGAUGAAGAAAGAGAUCGGGACGUAACCCACUCACUUUACUCCUAAAAAAAUAAGAAGCAAUAAAUAUUUCAGUGAGACGACAGAGUCAUUGGAGAGGUAAUAUAUAGACAGUGCAAAAGAGUGUCAAGAGACAGUUGAGAAUCUAGAAUAGAGAUAUUUAAAAAUUAAUGUGACAAUAGGAUAGCGAUGUGUACAGUAACAGUACAGUGAGCUCAUUUACACUUUUUUUUGUGCUUCGUUCAUUUCAUGUGGUGCUGUUAAUAUUAGAAUUUCCAUGCCAUUUUAAUGACACAGAACCAAGUAUUCAUCUCCUUUAUAGAUGCAGUGGCAAUUUUUUUUUUUUUUACAUUUAUUUACAUAAUUUGUUUGUAAUGUUGAGCUCAUUUGGGGUUUAUAUUUUUAUUCACAUUGAAUACAAAUAGAAAUACAAAUAAAUAUAAACUAGAGACUUUGCAAACUGAUGUUAAACUGCAAUGGCAAGUUAACGUGGACAGCUAGGCAGUAUUUUUACACCAUGCAUGUUUGUGCUUUGUCUACUUUCUGAUAUAUUCAAUGUAAUUUUGGGUGUGCCUAGUUUUCAGUACUAGCAGUCUUCAUUUUGUAUACAGUACAUGUAUGUAGAGAAUAAUUAACUCAAGCAGAUAAUGGAUGAGGACAUGCUAUCUUCAUCCUAGCUCUCAGUAUUGUCCACUCCAUACUAACAGCUUAAUACACGUUUACCUGAACGUGACAGAGCUGUUCACUGCAUGAGUGUUUGGAGUUCAGAUUCAAUUCCUGCAAAUUUUGUUGCACAUUGAAAAGAGUGUUUUACACUCACCCACAGCGGAUCUUCUGUGGAUAUGGAGCAGUGACUUUUAUUCUAUCAGUCCACUGGGGUUGUUUGUUUACUUGAGUGUCAAAUGAAAUUAUAACUCUACACUUACAAAUACACUUUGUAUUAACUGCAUGGAGCAUUUUACUAUUUCUACACACUUGUUAAAUUACCCAUGGCGACCCUUGCAAAUGCAACCAUAGUGCAAUACGGUGUGUUACACAAUUUUAUAAUGUACAGGUAAAUGAUUUAUCUGUAAAAAUGACCACAACAAUUGAUUGUGUCACAUUUCUGUUAUAUAUCAACAUCAGCAUAACCUACAGAGGUUACAUAUAUAAUCCUAUAUGUUAUGUACACAAUGGCAUAUUUAUAUACAAAAUUAUGAUUUUUAAGAGAAGAACCAUACUUGAAGAAUCAUUAAAGCUAGGUUCCAGUGGUUUAAGUUUAAAUUAUUAAUAGAUGUGCUUUGGGCCUAAAGUCCUUGCAUUUUUUAACACAGAACUUGAUCUGACUGGCAGCCACCAGAAAAGCAUGCGAUUUUAAAUGGCAUUGACAUUUUUUUUAAUCUUUUUAGUCAGUGUGCACACAAAGCAAAGAAGAGAGAGCACACUUUUUGGAUGUAUGAAAGAUAUUAGCAAAGCACAUUGAGGAGCACAGAAAGAUCCAGUUAAGCACAUUUUUGUUGCACGUUCAUUCUGAAUGCAUUUUAAAAGUGUCAAAUGACUUGGCAGUACAUACUCUUUUUGCCAAAUUAAAAUGGUCUGGUUUACUAGACUGGCUUGAAUGUAUAAUUUUUUCAAUGUCUUUUCUUUUGUAAUAUAACUAUGAGCAAAUCCUUACCCUAUAACUCUAAUGUACAUCAACUGCUGAUAAAAUCCAACCACAUUUAUAUGUAAAACAUUUAUAUUCACCUAUAUUAUAUAGGAUGAAUCCCAGUAAAUUGAGCCACUUUUUGAAAGUUGACCCAAUUUACCUGAAAUUUACCAAAUUUUUGUUGUAAAAGUUGUCACAAGGGCUAUAUCUCAGUAAUUUGUCAAAAGUCCACAUACUGUACACAAAUCUGUUUUCUCUUGUAGUGGUAUUGAAUGCUGGUUUCAAGCACCUAGUUUGAAACCCCAUAAAAAUUAUUAGUAAUUUUUGUCAAUUAAAGUACCUGUUGGAUAAAGAGUGAACAUUAAACCACACCGGCAGACAUUGACAAGGGUCAACUCUGUAAUAAAUGUACAGUUUUACUGAAAGUUUUAAUUUGUUUUCAGGACAAGUUUAUUAUUGUUAAAUGUCAGGUCUCGUUUUCAUUUGUAUCGAGGCUGUCACAUGUGAUUUUAAUGCAAGACAUUUAUACAAUAAUUAAAAUAUUUGUUG